AUGGCUUCCAUCGCCACCCUCCGUCAGGUGCGAGUGUCGCUGCCCCGGUGCGGCGCCCCGCAGCUGUGUCACGGUGUCGCUCGUGCCAGCGUCGCCAAUGUCAAGUUUCAAGCUCGGCGCUCUUUCUCCAGCUACCUCGUCACCCCGCAAGAGCUCGCCGAAGCCCUCAAGAAGAGCCCGCCCUCGCCAAUCUCGUCCGAGCCGCGUGUGAUUCCGGUCUGCGCCUCGUGGUUCCUCCCCAAUGAUCCCCAGGGUCGCACAGGCCUCCAAGUCUUCCGCGAGAAGCGCAUCCCCAAGGCGCGCUUCUUCGAUCUCGACAAGGUCAUCGACAAGCGCAGCCCAUACCCGCACAUGCUGCCAACUCCAAAGCACUUCGCCGAGGCCAUGAGCGAACUGGGCAUCCGCCAUGAGGAUACUGUGGUGGUCUAUGACAGCCAUGAGCUGGGCAUAUUCAGCGCUCCUCGCGUGGGGUGGACUAUGAAGGUGUUUGGCCACCCGAAGGUGCACAUCCUGAACAACUUCAGGCUAUGGGUUGAGCAGGGCUUUCCAACCGAGUCCGGCAAUGUCUGGACCGUGGAGUGUGGGACAUAUCCGAUCCCCAAGCUGGACGAAGAGAAGGUGGCAAACUUCGAGGAGGUGCGAGAAGCCGCUCAGGACUACAACAAAGAAGGCGCCGAGGGCGUGCAGAUACUGGAUGCCAGGUCCUAUGGCCGCUGGUCUGGAAAGGAGCCGGAGCCGAGACCCGGCUUGCCCUCUGGACAUCUCCCCGGCUCGAUCAACAUCCCCUUUGACUCGCUCCUCGACCCCAAGACCAAGGCGUUCCUCCCGGCCGACAAGCUCAGAGAGGUGUUCACGAAGAAGGGUGUAGAUCCGGAAAAGCCGAUCAUCAGCAGUUGCGGAACUGGUGUGACGGCGUGUAUCAUCGAGACGGCGCUCAGCGAGGCUCAGUAUGGCUCGCCGGAGAAGAGGAAGGUUUACGAUGGGAGCUGGACGGAAUGGGCCCAGAGGGUCAAGCCCUCCGAUUCACUGAUCCACACU